GUUACCCUGCCGGUACACAUGUGGGUCUCAGAGAACAACUGGAUUUCUAUAUUUAUUGUUUACAUUCAUGUCCCAACUGUCGUGUGGACUUUGAGUCAAUGUAUCACAGAAAGUGAUUGUAAAUGUUCGACUGACGAAGGAACUAUCGACUUGUCGCAAUUGGCUCUCCCCGCCAGCAGCGCACCCAGGUUUAAGGAUGUUGCUGUUAAAGGUGUGGAGGGUUUGUCAGUUUCCUGGAAUCCUUGUAACAAGUGGACCAAACCUUCAUCUCCAAGUUCCCAAUACAAGGAUUGUGAAAACAUAGCUGCUUGUGGUACGAUACUUACUAAUAACUUUGACAUUGGCCAACAAGAGACUGCAGAAUGUUACUUUAACACAACAGUGGAGAGAUGUGUUUUAGCAUUUACAGGAAAGGUCUAUCUUGACACAGAACAAAGCCCUAAAACUUUCAUCACUUUGGAAUGUGACUCAAGUGAAGAGGGCCAGCUGGAGUCUAUUGGUCCCUCAGAGAAAGUUGAUGAUUCUGCUCAUUUUCCAUUCAAACUUCACUCCAAGUAUGCUUGUCCCAGAAAAUCAAGUUUGAGUGCAGGAAGUGUGUUAAUCAUAGUUUUUGGAUCCUUACUUCUAGCAUACAUAGUAGCUGGAAUUCUUUUCAAUAAGUUUCAUCGAGGAGCUACUGGAAAAGAAGUCAUUCCCAACAUCAACUUCUGGAUGGACUUUCCAUUGCUUGUGAAGGAUGGUGUGGCGUUUUCAUACCAGUUUUGUAAGAAGACUUGUGGAGGAAAACGAAGCUCAUAUGAAUCAAUAUGAAUCCCAUUCCCUUAAUUCUUGAGUAAACUUGGCUUGAAAAAGUUUUCCUGAUAGAAGUUCUUUUCAGAGAUUGAGUGUUUCUGAUUGGUAGCAGUUGGAGUAUAUACUUCUGUUUUGUUGAAAUUAAUUUUUGCAAAUUAUAUUUCAUAGAUAGUUAUUUCAUUUAUAAUUGAAUUUAUUUACUAGGUAUCUAGUUCAUUAAUUUUGUCAUUAUUUAAUCACUGAUGAAAUAUGCUACAACAUCAUCUCCCAAGUUAAAGAGAUGUUGACGUUAUUUACAUCAUCAUUAUUAUCAAAGAGGUUAAAAACAACUUUUAUUUUGAAGGAGUAAUUAUAUUUAUCAUUUUUAUAACAUCAAGCGUGGUUGAAAGAAAAAAUACACUUUUUUGGAAUGUUUGAAUGAGUUGUGUUGCAGUCCCCCCCAAGCAAAAAGGCAUGUUUCUUGCAUGUGGGAGGUACUGAAUGGACUUGAGGUUUUGAUUGGUCCAAAAUUCUUUUGAGUGAAUUUAUCUCAUAAUUGGUUGAAAAAACAUUGGGUGGUCCUGAAAAAGCAGACAGUCCUUGUCUUUUAUUUAAUAAUUAAUUUUUCUUUUUAUGAGGUUACCUCACUGGGUUGAUGUGGGAGACCCAAAAGACUCCUGAGCUCAUUAAUACUCUCUUGUUGUUAAUAGGCCAUUUUGCAGUUGUGUACUUAGUUGCCAAGCCUUUGAUUCAGAAUGAGGCUAAAGAUGACCUUG